GCUCCCCUUGGACAUUCCAGACUCCACAAAAAUGGCAGAAGCCGUAUUGUGUGGUGAAAAGUCUACUCAAUUUCUUUCUUUUCUGCGCUCUUUAGCCGCACCACAGCCAGGUGCGGCGCCAUGCUUCGGCCGUGUCCGCUUCGUCACGUCGAAGCCCGCUCCGCUGCGUGUCUUGGCCAUGUCUGUCAAGAGAAGCCCUAAGCGCCUGAAAUAUUCCGCUCCUCGCUUUACCAAGGAGGAUAGCUUGCUCUAUGUUGAAGCUGAUCCAUCAGGAGCAGGCAAUUGGAAACUUGAACCAUAUACUUUCAUCUUAACUGCAAGCAAAGCAUUGCCUAAACAGUGUAUAAGGUAUGGGACUACCACUGCCAAAUAUGCUUCAAGGAAAAAUGUGGGUGUGCGUAUCCCUGAUGAUCCCAUUUGUCAAGCAAUCCUAGAGAAAAUGGACGCACCAUUGAUCUGCACAAGUGUCAAGUCGCCAGAGGAAAAUGAGUGGAUGAUAGAUCCAGUUGUAAUAGCUGAUACAUAUGGACCAAAGGGUCUUGAUUUUGUUGUUGAUGGUGGCAAAAGAGUGGCUGAUCCUUCCACUGUAGUUGACAUGACUGGGGCUAAUCCAAAAAUUGUACGGCAAGGGAAGGUAAGGAGAUUACUGCUUAUGAUAUACUGUCUCUCUGCAUUUGGUUGCAUCACCUAGUACAAAAUUAGGUGGAACACGUUUCAAUGGCUUAACGAAUCUAUCUCCUUCAUACAACUGUGGAUUCUUUUGGCACUGCAAGCCAAGUUGCCUUCUGUUGAAAUUUUGCCUAUGAUUGUAGAAUCUUAACAUAGCCUCAGGCCAUGGUUAAUUGGUUGAAAUAGAAUUACCUCAUUACGCAAUGAUUUUCCUCAAAUAUAUGUCCUUGACAAAGUUGGAUCUUCUGUGUUUCUUGACGUCGAUUUCAUGACUACCUGUUGGUUCAGGGACCUAAAUUACCUUGGAUGGUUGGAGAGGAAGAUGAUGGAUCAGUUUUACAUGUAAACGAUCUUAUCCCUUCAGUACCUUAAACCCUUUGCUUCUUGAGAGACUUGCAGCACUUUUAGUCCUUUUGCACUCAAGGGUGGGUCAUCAGUUCUGCUGGCAUUUCCGUUUUAGUUCCGCAUGGAAGACUCGUUUACCAUACAAAAAAAUUAACAGAAACAUGGAACUUUUGUAAAUGGUAGAUCAAGAAAUUGUAUAUCCGAGGAAGUUCCUAGUACAGACCUUUUCUGGGAUGUUCUACUGUGGAUGGCAGGUCUGUACCUGAUUUUCAAUCAAUUGGUAGUCUUCACCAUGCCAUGCUGGAUACUCAACAAUGUUCUAUUCAUUUACUCUCAUUAUUGGUAGUUUUUCUUUCAUUUCUCUUCCGUUUUGUCAAUACUAGUAACUAUUUAUGAGCUACAAACAUGAACCA